AUGUCUACCGAAACAACUCACUACCAUGACUACUCCUCUCCAAACAUGAACUUCAACAUCAACUACAUGAGCUCCAGCGCUUUCUACCAAGAUGACCAUCACGACUCAGGAAUCGCUUCCAACGGUUCAAGCGACGGCUCCAUCGGCUCUCCCCAAUCAACCAACGAUGAAUCUCCCAAGAUCCAAGCAGUUCCUCUCGCCACUAUCGAAACAUCAUCUGCAGAAGAGGCUAUUCAACCCGCCCGACCGAAUUCCGUCGAACAAGAGCCGCCAAUUUCUCCAUCAUCUGGCUACAAUGACCACUUCGCUCCCCAAUACCAUCCUCAUCAGCAUUCCCAAGAGCACCAACAGCCUCAAGUCUCCAGCGAAAAUCCCCAGAUGAACUUUUACCACGAGAAUUUCUACCAACCGCAGCCCCAAUAUCAGCCCGCGCCUCAAAAUCCACCAGCUCUUCAGCAAGAAUCAUCUCUUCCCCACGACUACUUCCCCAACAUCCCCAGCUUUCUCCCCCAGCCACAUGCCAUCAACCAAGAAGUCGCCAAAAGACCUCUUCCCGAUCAAGAAAUCCCGCCAGCAAAACGAUCCAAGCCCUCUGACGUCUCCCUCGAAAAUCGAAUCUGCUCGAACUGCAAGGCCACUGUCACUCCCCUCUGGCGACGCGAUGAAGUCGGCAACUACCUCUGCAACGCUUGCGGAUUGUACUACAAAGUCAACGGCAAGCCUCGCCCGCUCGUCAAGCCAAAACGACGAACAGUCCCUUCCAAGCGAGAGGGUACAAUUUGCGACAACUGCAAGACCACCGAAACGUCCCUUUGGAGAAAGAACUCGGCUGGCAUCGCAGUUUGCAACGCUUGCGGACUUUAUGAAAAGCUCCACGGGACUCCUCGACCUUUAACGAUGAAAAAAGACGGCGCGAUCCAGACGCGAAAUCGAAAAAACAAAGCUGCUCGAUCCCGAAAGCGAGGCCAAGUCUCCGAUCCAAGAGCCCUCGCCGCUCCCUACUCGCUCCCGCAGACUCAUGACUUCAGCUCCCAUCUCCCCAACAUGCCCUUUCCGAUGGCGAUGAAUCCCAUGGCACUCUUCGGCAAUCCACCUCCUCUUCCUUCUCCUUACGCGCCUCCGACCCAGACCUUCCCACCCCUUUUCCAGCCAUACCAGUAA